AUGGAGGCGGGGGCGGGCACGGCCAUGGUCACGGAGGCGGAGGCCACGGAGGUCAUGGAGGCCACGGAGGCGGGGGCCACGGAGGUCACGGAGGCGGAGGUGGAGGUGGUGGAACACAUAUUGACUACGUGUAUUAUUGAUGAUGGUAUUGUUGCACUUCAAAUCUCUCCGAGUGAAGCUCAUCCCAAGUACGAGUUUGCGUAUGGCGUCGUGGACCACAAAACCGGAGACAAGCACGGCCAGAAGGAGUCCCGCGACGGCGACAAGGUUGUGGGAGAGUACACUGUCAAAGAGCCUGGCGGCAACGUGCGCACUGUCAAGUACUACGCCGACAAGAAGGGAGGAUUCCACGCGCACGUGCACAACAGCGGCGGCAACGACCAUUCCGGCGGCACCUAUGGUGGUCACGGAGGCCACGGCGGCGGCGGCGGCGGCGGCGGUGGUCACGGAGGACAUGGCGGCGGCGGCGGUGGUGGUCACGGAGGACAUGGCGGCGGCGGCGGAGGCGGAGGUCACGGGGGCCAUGGCGGCGGCGGAGGCGGUGCCGGGCACGGGCACGGCGGACACUACAGUGGAUAUUAA